UUAUUGUUGUGGUCCUUUACAGAAGGUAUUCCUGUAAAUAUGAAUCUCACCAGGAAUAUUUUCAGAAUUGUUACCAGUGCAGCACUAUCCCGCACACCAACUCAUCUUAUAAAAGGUCACCCACAAAGAACCCUAAUGGAUGGAGGAAUUUCUGCAAUAAAAACAGAGAACUCAGGAGAUGAAUUCUUGAAAGAAGCUCUUGUUAUUCUAAUGCAGGAUGCGGUGCAAAAGGGGACAGACAGGGGCCACAAGGUGUGUGAGUGGAUGGAGCCAGAGAAACUUCAUGAAAUCCUGGACUUAAAACUACAGAGAAACGGCGAAUCUCAGGAAGUGCUGCUGGGCUACUGCAGGGACAUCGUCAGGUUUAGUGUCAAGACAGGGCAUCCACGGUUCUUCAACCAGCUAUUCUCUGGAUUAGACCGACAUGCGCUGACUGGUCGCAUCUUAAGUGAGACCUUGAACACUAGUCAAUAUACCUAUGAAGUUGCUCCAGUCUUUGUUCUGAUGGAGGAAGAAGUACUCACAACACUGAGGCAUUAUGUCGGCUGGACAGCAGGAGAUGGGAUUUUCUGCCCAGGGGGCUCCAUUUCCAACAUGUACGCUAUAAAUGUGGCCCGAUUUCAUCGCUUCCCACAUGCUAAAGAGAAGGGGCUGAGUGCACUGCCGAGGAUGACUAUAUUCACAACACACGAGAGCCAUUAUUCAGUCAGAAAGGGGGCAGCAUUCCUGGGCAUUGGAACAGACAACAUCAUCCUUGUACAGACAAACGACAGGGGAAAAAUGUUGCCUGAAGAUUUAGAGAAAAAAAUUGAGAAAUCAAAAUCUGAGGGUGCAGUCCCUUUCUUGGUCAGUGCAACCUGCGGAACAACAGUUCUAGGGGCUUUUGAUCCUAUCGCAGACAUUGCUGAUGUAUGUGAACGACAUGGCUUAUGGCUACAUGCAGAUGCUGCUUUUGGUGGCAGUGCCCUCUUAUCCAGCAAGCACAGACAUCUUUUACAUGGCAUAGAAAGGGCAAAUUCUGUCACUUGGAAUCCUCAUAAAAUGCUGGGAGUUGGUCUGCAGUGUUCAGCCUUUCUCCUUCCGGACACGACAGGACUAUUACAGCGAUGCCAUGCAGCUAAUGCCACAUAUCUCUUCCAAACGGACAAAUUUUAUGACCUUAAGUAUGACACUGGAGACAAAUCAAUCCAGUGCGGUCGAAGGGUGGACUGCUUGAAGCUUUGGUUGAUGUGGAAGGCACUCGGGUCUCAAGGUUUGGAAAAGCGAGUGGACAAGGCAUUGGAACAAACUAGAUACCUGGUGGAAGAAAUGAAGGCGAGGGAGGGUUUUUGUCUAAUUAUGGAGCCAGAAUUCGUGAACCUGUGUUUCUGGUAUGUGCCACCCAGCCUUCGAGACCAGCAGGAUUCCCCGGAUUACUGGCAGAGACUAGGAAAGGUAGCUCCGGUAAUAAAGGAGAGAAUGAUUAAGAAAGGCUCCAUGAUGGUUGGAUACCAGCCCCAUGGAGACAGAGUAAACUUCUUUCGUCAAGUUCUUGUGAAUCCUGCACUAACUAAGACUGACCUGGAUUUUUUCCUGGAUGAAAUAGAACUAUUAGCAGAGGACCUCUGAUUAUUUUGUUUGAACAUAACAAAACUACGAAAGUUAUAAUUACAUAGUUACAAGCAAUAAUACAUUUUAUUUGCAGAUCGGCACAGGGAAAUCUCCUAUUGUCUCAGGCAGCAGUGGCAUAAUUAUAGAGGAACAGGGGGAGGGGACCAAGGCAUCUAUUUCCUCUAUAGCAUUACAUUCCCCCCUCCCUUACACUUUACUCCCAGGAGAGGGGGGUUGCAGCAGGGGUAGUGUUGAGUGCCAGAGCAGUUAUGUGCAUGGGGACUCUACAAAGUUUUUUUUUGGCAAGUGGGCCCGGCACACUCUUGUUAGACUCCUGUCAGACAGGAUAAAUAUAUGCCAUUGUCCAUAAGUGAGAAGGAACCCUUUAAAUGGGAUAUACACUCAAAAAAGAAAUGCAAGUAAAAUUACUCAGAAUGCUCUUGUGUGCAACUAAUCAUUCAGAUUAAAUAAAGUAGUAAAAAUAACAAAU